AUGGCAAGAACCAAGCAAACCGCCCGUAAAUCUACCGGAGGUAAAGCUCCCAGGAAGCAGCUGGCCACCAAGGCUGCGCGUAAGAGCGCGCCUGCCACCGGCGGCGUGAAGAAGCCUCACCGUUACAGGCCCGGUACCGUGGCUCUGAGAGAGAUCCGUCGCUACCAGAAGUCCACGGAGCUGCUGAUCCGCAAGCUGCCCUUCCAGCGCCUGGUGAGAGAGAUCGCUCAGGACUUUAAGACCGACCUGCGCUUCCAGAGCUCCGCUGUCAUGGCUCUGCAGGAGUCCAGCGAGGCUUACCUGGUCGGCCUCUUCGAGGACACCAACCUGUGCGCCAUCCACGCCAAGAGAGUCACCAUCAUGCCCAAGGACAUCCAGCUGGCCCGCCGCAUCCGUGGAGAGAGAGCUUAA